AUGAUUAAUUGGAAAAACGGAUCAACAAAAAAAAUACUAUUCCAAUACAAUCGUGAUAGAGCUAAAGCUACGAUACCUCGAUACAAUAAUUCGGUAGAAGGCUGGCACAAUGCAUUCGCUAACCGUGUUGCAUUAAAUCAUCCCAAUAUUGUGAAAUUGGCCGAGAAAAUUCGUCGUGAACAAUCAAAAUUUGAAGUGGACAUAACGAAGAUUCUUCAAGGUCACAAUAUUAAGACGAAAAAGGCCUGCUACCGAAAAUUGGACGAACGUAUUAAUCGACUGGUCAACGGAUUCGAUGCAUCCCAACUGGAUGAAUUCUUAAAAAAUAUGGCAGCCAAUGUUACUCUUUAG